AUGACUGGCACACUGAGGUGCCCAUCCAAAGCAGAAAGGCCGGCAUACCAACGAGGUACAUCACCUACAGCUUUGACAUCAACAAUGGUGGAUUGGACCCCCAGGAGCCCAUGCCGCUUGGUGGUGGUGCGCGACUUCGACUACGAUCUGCAAGUCGCACGGCCGGGUGGCAGGGAUCUCUUUGUGUGA